AUGACGACUACAUCAAAGACAGUCAAGUCUGAGCAGGGCCUCGGCAAUCGAGCCCUGCUUGACAAGAUGGACAAGCUUCGAGAGCUUGGUAUCUCGAACAUGGUCCCGCUUCCUCAGAUGGUGGUAGUAGGUGACCAGAGUGCUGGAAAGUCGAGUGUUCUCGAAUCUCUCACUGGCUUUCACUUCCCGCGCUCAGUGACACUCUGCACUCGUCACGCGACCGAAAUCAUUUGUCGACGAGAAGAGACUCAGAGUAUCGUCGUAUCCAUUCACGCUGCCGAUGCCGACUCCGAACAAGCUCGUUCUUUUCAUCGAACGGCCACUAAUCUCGACGCCGAGGAGUUCGCCCAGAUUUUCCAAGAUGCAGCCAAGGUCAUGGGCAUCAAGUCAGAUUCUGAAGAUGAUUCCACAGGCUCUGCAUUCAGUCGUGAUGUCCUUCGCGUUGAAAUCAGUGGCCCCAACGAGGAUCAUUUGACUGUCAUCGAUGUCCCUGGCAUGUUCGAGAACGUCACUCCUGGAGUGACCACCAAGGAGGAUAUCGAGCUUGUCAAGGGCAUGGUGCAGAAAUACAUUAAGGAAUCUCGAACUAUCAUCCUUGCUGUCGUCCCUUGCAACGGCGAUAUCGCCAAUCAAAAGAUUCUCACGUACGCCAAGGAAGUCGAUCCCGAGGGCCAGCGCACCCUGGGUGUCCUGACCAAGCCUGACCUGGUCACCGAGAAUGCCAACAAGGAGGUCGUACUCAACCUUGUUCGUGGUGGGCGCCGUGAUCUCGAGCUCGGGUACUGCAUCGUCAAGAACAGAAGUGCGGAUGACAGUUCCUCCAGCCCUGAAGAACGCACUCGCUCAGAGAAAGAGUUCUUCUCCGAGUCCCCAUGGACCAGAAUCUCUUCUGAUCGAUGCGGUAUUCCAGCCCUCAAGAUCCGUGUCCAACAGCUUCUAAUGGAUCGCACAAAGAGCGAGUUUCCCAAGGUUCGUUCCGAGCUUGAUUCUAAGCGCAAAGAGUGCGAGGCUCUCCUCAAAUCAAUGGGCCAGUCACGAGGUACCGAAGCAGAGCAGCGUGUCUAUAUCGGCAACAUCGCUGCCCGGUUUGCACAGAUCACAAACUACGGCCUUGACGCUUAUUACACCAGGCACAGAAUCUUUGAGAAUGAGGAGCUCAAGCUUAUUACUCGCAUCCGUGAGAUCAACGAGGGGUUUGGAAAGGUUCUCUUCGAAAAGGGACAUACGCGAAACUUUUUUGAGUCUGACAAAGGUAAAGUGGAAAAGCCAGAUCAAGACAGUGAUGGUUUUGAUGAACUCGAUGUGAAAUGCUAUGAUGUCAGUAGAGAGGAUCUGUAUGAGGAGACGACAUUCGAGAUUCCUUUGCUUGGCCAAGACGACUUGAUGGAUGACAUUCUUUACGAACCGUAUUAUUGCGACGAGCCUCUGGAUGAAGACAUACUGUCCCACAUUGAGAAACAGUACUUGACCUCGCGAGGCUACGAGAUUGGAACUUUCAGCGGCGAAAUGAUCCCCGUCACGUUCAAAGAACAAUCAAAGAAAUGGCGUCCCCUGACUCAAGCACACGUCUCCAACGCCAUUCUCAUUGUCCACCACUUCAUCCGAACGGUUCUAGACUCGUGCUGUCCUGAUCCUCUGAUCCGCGGUCAACUCUGGGAGUUCCUUCUCGAAGAUCUCCAAAAACGCUACCGUCGUGCCAUCGACCAUGUCGAGUUUCUGCUCGAGGUCGAAUUCGAGGGUAAAAGCAUGACGUACGACCCAAACUUCAACGACGCUCUUGGUCGCCUCAAGUUUGCCCACGUUAAGGGCCUUGGAAAAGACGUUGAGAAAGUCAUAGCCUCCUGGUCAGUGGAAGAAUCCACCACCAUGAGAAGUUUGGCGGCAGCAGCCCGUAAAAUUAUUGAACAGAAGCUUGACGGAGAGACCGCCCUCGAUACAACCCGUCGGGAUAUUCACAAUGUUCUUCACACCUUCUACGACAACGCCCGCAUUCGCUUCGUGGAUGUUGUUUGCCAGCAAGUUAUCGAUCACUUCCUCCUUCAUGCCUCAAAUGGUCCUCUUGCAGUAUUUUCUGAGAGAGUUGCUCUUCAAAUGACUCCUGAGCAACUUGAAGCAAUCGCUGGCGAGGAUAUGCUCAGCAAAGACCGCCGCGAUAAGCUGACUCGCGACAUUGCUAACCUGAAGGAGGCUCUCAAGGUUCUCCGUGGUUAA